AUGUCCCACAUGGAAGAAGAGGACGACCCCUCCCACCCCCAACAAAGGCUUGCGAAUCUGGAGGAAGCUAUGCAGCGAAUGGAGGGCCUCCUCCAUAACCUAAUCAUCAGCCAGCAACAAACUCCCCCUGCCCCUGCCCCUGCUCCGUCUCCGGCAGUGGGUCCAGGCGUACCAACUGGCCAACAAGCCAGCUUGAGACCCCUCAUUCGCCCAAACCCCCCAUUUGCGUUCGACGGGGAUCGCACCCAGGGCAAGACGUUUCUGCAUUCCAUCAAGCAGUACUGGCGCCUCCUCCCCGAGGCCUUCCAUGUGAACGGGGUAGUGUCAGAAGAACGGGUGGUACGUUUCGCCCUCUCCUACAUGUCCAAGGAUUCGGCCGCCUCCUGGUCGGAACGUAUGUCAGAACGCCUCGUCUUCCCAUUUCCAACCUGGUCCUCCUUUGUUGCCGAAUUCAAACUCCGGUUCGUCGAGGAGAACGAGCAAGACCACGCCCUGGCACGACUGGAAACCCACGCUUACUACAUGGGAUCCCGCGAUGUUUUCAAAUACACGGACGAGUUCGACGACCUCCUCGACCUGGCAGGGUACUCCGACAACCUGGUCAAGGUCACCAAGUACCGGGCGGGUCUCGACCCCAGGAUCAACCAGGCGAUCACAACCUCUGGUAACCCACCCAGUCUCACUAACUACUCGGAGUGGCGCACCCAUGCAUUCCGCCAGUACAACGCGGAGUCGUUGCUCCGCCUCCUGCUCCGCGACCAGCCCCGGCAAUCCUCCCACCGGGCAUUCCCAUGGAGAUUGACCGCACCCGAGCCCGCGGCGGUGUUUGUCGCACCUGCUUCCGAUGCGGCAGCCCCGGACAUCUGGCCCGGGACUGCCCAACCCCUGCCGAUGUCCGUCACGUCGACGUCCUGGACGAAGUAA